CUCCGAGGCUCCCGGCUACAGCUCACGCUCUUGCUAAAGCUGCAGUACCUGCAAGAGGUCCGAUGGCGACAACGCGGUGGCUGGCAACACUUGUGCUGAUGGUGGUCUCCGCCAGAUGUCAGGAGGUGAAGCUGGUCUUCACCGUCGACAUAGCUGGCCACUACGUGCCGUAUGACGAAUCUGGUGUCGACUGCAAGCCAGAAACCCAAACAAUUUCCAUUUUACCGGGAAUAAUGGAGUUGUCCAGCAAUGAAGACGAUGAUGCGAUGGACGCGAAGUCACCCACUCCACACUGGCCGCAGGACUGUAAUGGUGGACUAGGGAGGCAAAAAACCCAGAUAGAGAAGUUGAUGAACUCCACCAAUACGUUGGCUGUAACUGCUGGAAACCUUCUCGGAUCCGGGCGGUGGGAACUUCCGAUCCAGUACCAGGCGGCUGUUGAGGCAGCCCGCAUGUACGACGUCAUGGGACUGGCAGUUAGCGAUUUCCGGCGUGGUGCCCGGUUCCUCCGGGACUACCUGUUAGCGAUCAACAAGACCGGCCACACCGUAAAGGUCGUCGCCUGCAACGUAGAAUCUACGACUCUGGGUAACCUGGUGCAACCCUUAGCUGUCUCCCAUGGCACAGCAUUUGUCGGCUUUGUUGAUUACGACACAGACGAGGAAACUAUGUUUUUGGAUCCGGAAAUUCAGCUGAAUAAUCUGAGCUGCGUCCAGAAUGAGGUUUCGAGGUGGAAGAGCUCAAAGGAAGACAGGCCGGUGGUAAUCAUGGGAUGCACAUCUUCUGUUGCUAGACUGAACAACCUCACUGGCGGAAUACUUAACAACACCAACGUCACCGCAGCUGUACUGUCUUGCCUGCCAGACCCAGAGAAGAAGAAGAUCAGUUACAACCCCACGGCGUACACGGCGUGGUACCGCUUCUGGUAACUAGGGGCAACGGCAAAACGGUGGGCUUCUGGCAUACUCACAACGGUUUUAAUGAAACGGAGCUCGAUUCGACGGUGGAGGCGGAUAAUAACACGUUUAGCAACAUUACGUCACUGCAGGAACAGGUCGAGGACUUUUACACUGGCAGUGUCAGGUCAUAUUUCAACUUCACCCCAGUCAGCUGCUCCAGCGAGGAAUGCGCUGUGGGUGACAUCAUCACGGACGCCAUCUUGGUGCAGAUGGUGGUGUCAGAAGGUCUCCCUAUUCCGGAGAGUUUCAGGCCCAUGGCCGUCUGGCCGGGUCACAACAUCACCGAUGGCAUCAGGUCAGGCGAGCUCACCGUGGAGGAGGUGCGUGACUCGCUGCCGGACGUGCAGGUGGCCCUGGUGGGCGCCACGGGUGCCGGCGUGACGGCCCUGUUCGCCCGGGCCGUCUCCGACCUCACCAAGGACGGUCAGGCGACGCAGGCCUUCCUGCAGGUGGCCGGUGUGAGGGUGAUUUAUGACCUUGACCUGCCCGCACCGUUCCGGCCUAAGUACCUGAUGAACCUCUGUCUGACCUGUCCGGAACAGAGGUACAUGGCAAUUUCGCCGGAGUGGAACUACACGAUCGCUGUGCCGGCGACUCUUCUGAAGGACAGCGCCUGGGCGGACGUCACCAGCCAGUUCUUCGACAUUCGGGUGACAGACUUCACGGCCCGUGACGCCGUGGCACUGAUGGUGAACAGGACCGGCCGUCUGCUGGCACCUGUCGGCGACAGGAUCCGCUUCACCCACAUCAACCCCGACGCCGAGGGUGGCGGCGACACGUUUGUCACCGUGCUCGUCACCAUCGUCAUCUGCAUGAUCGUGUUCGGUCUGGCAAUAUUCGGCUUCAUCGCCUGGUCUCGAAGAUACAGCCGUCACGGCUCCUCCAUUGGUCUGGUGCGCUGAAGCGUCUCCAGCAAGACCCAGGUCAACCGGGUGACCUAGCAUGACCUGAUGUGACCUGUGUUGACGUGCGAUGGUGCGGUGCCGUACGACCUGCUUAGACCCGAGGUGACGUUAGGGGCCCUGAGGUAAAUGAAAGUGGCCUGAGUUGCUUGGAUGUUUCAGCUUGAACACUAGGAUGCCAUUUUUAAUCAGUACCUUGUGGCUAUCACAAUUCGGCUGCCCCGAGGUUGCGUAAGAAUGCAACAAUCAAGAUGGCGCACCGGUGACGAGUACGCCAAACCACGUCACGUGGGACGGUCCAGUUUUGUCCUAGUCCAUGUCUAGCAACGCCAAUCACGUCAGCAGGACCUUCCUCAGGAAGGGCUGCAGGUCCUCAGAAUCGGCAUGGCUGCAAUCGCUUGGGCGGAAUAGCUUCGCGGCUUGCUGCGCUGGGAAUGUGCCAGGUGCCAAGUGAGGACCGUGUGCAGCGGUUCGUGGCGAUGUGUGUUGAAAUGGCCUUGACGUCAGAUUAAGUUGCGUUGCCCUGCAUAGUCCGUAGCGUCCAGUGGCUGGCACCGCCGCGUUUGCGAUAUUCGCUCGUUUUUUGCAUACGUGCUUAGAUAUUGUUAUGAUUAUGUGCCAAAAAGGCGCAUUCAGUCAUGUGUACGUCCAUAGAGUUGUUCGCUGUAACAGAAGAGGGCAGGCUUGACCUUUCGCUUCAAUGUACGCUUGCCCCCGCCGGAACCCGGCGGGCGUCGCGGCGCUCGUGUGUCUGCACCGAGCAUUUGCAAGGCACCGGUGCACAGUGGACCUGGCUUGUCUAGCAAACUCACUGUGUAAUAAAACGAUGAGAGAAGAGCCACG